CCUUUCAAGAGGCCAGCUUGUCAUAUCAGCCAGGCGAAGAUGCAGUAUCCUCAUUGGCGAUGCUGAACACUGGCAUCCUGGCUCAUUUUCCGUCAGCGGGAUGUAUGUCUGUACCUAAAUGGUCAGCUCAAAAUGAGAUAUGCAUAAGCUGGGCGGAUUAAUUAGCGCUGAUAAGGCUGCUGGCCGACUCGGCUUCCUUAACAUUCCCCUCCUAGGGGAAACCUGUUCCUUUCCUUCGCCCGCAGCAAUUGGCUUAUGUUGGUAUACUGCGAGCAUGGCACAGCCAGAAUGGGCUCAGCGCCAGACCUACUCAUCCAAGGAACUGGGUCAGUAUUUCGACCGGAUUUCCUUGCCAGAACGCAUCCGGACCGCUUUACUUGCGCACAAAGACUCUGAUGACCGGACACGGUUGCGUCUGUUAACUACACUCCAACGCUACCAUCUGGCCGCUGUUCCGUUCGAGAAUCUUUACCUGCACUACUCGGCCCACCACAGCAUAUCCAUCAACCCACAGGACCUCUUCCACAAGAUUGUCGAGAGAGGAAACGGCUAUGGCGGGUACUGCAUGGAAAACAGUGGGCUCUUUGGGACUGUCUUGCGCAGCCUGGGCUAUGACGCCUAUUUCGUGGGCGCAAGAGUGAACGAGGCCGUGCAGCCAGUGGCAGCUGGGAGGAACUGGAAAGGACCAAAGUUUGACGGCUGGAAUCACAUGGUAAACUUGGUGACAAUCGGUGCGGAGCAGUAUCUUGUCGACGUGGGUUUUGGAUCGAACGGACCACACUCACCGAUCCCGCUGGUGGCCGGCCAUGUCUUCUUCAAUUACGGGAAACAGAACGGUCGGCUGCGUCGAGGGAGUCUGCUGCAACACGUCAACAGCCACGGGCAGGAGCUGUGGCACUACGAGAUCCAGAAUGGAGACGACAGUGCGCCAUGGACCCCCGCGUACAGCUUUACUGAGGUCGAGUUCACGCCGGAUGACUUCGAGAUGAUUAACUUCUUCACAAGCACCCACAAAUCAAGCUGGUUUACCAUUCAUAUCGUCGUCUCGCGUAUGUUGUUGGACGACGGUGGCGACGAGAUCAUCGGAGACCUCACGCUGUUCAACGAUGAGGUUAAACGCCGCAUUGGCGCCACAGCAGAGCGUAUAGAGAAGCUGGAGUCGGAGGACGAGCGAGUCGCUGCUCUCGAGAAAUAUUUCCAGAUUCGCCUGUCAAAGAGUGAACGGGCGGCAAUCAGAGGCUUGCCUUCGCAGAUCCUGUGAUGUCUAGGGCUCAUAUACAUAGGUAUAGGGAUGUGUAUGACAAGUCUUCCAAUUUAUCUAUCAGUAAAACGAUGCCGGUACUGAACA